AUGGCCCAGCGAGCAGAAAGCUGCCAUCCCUCUCCUUCCUCCUCCUCCUCCUCCUCCUCCUCCUCUCCUGAGGCACACUGUACUCAGUGUCCCAAGAUUAACUCCCGUUCAGGUCGAGUGUUCCUGUUGGACCUGAGGAGUUCCGUUGACCUCCGGGACCGAGCAGGGGCCGAGCAGGCGUGCGCCGCACGGGAGGCCCGCUUGGCGUCGGCAGAGGAGCUCCGUCAUGCCGUGGUGGAGUGCUCCUUCUCCGCGUGUGCCCGCGGCUGGCUCUAUGGGGGUGCAGUUGGGACAACAGUGUGUAAGAAUGUGGGCAGUGCAGUGAAAACUGUUGAUGUGAGAACAGAGAAUGCCACAGAGGACUACACACACCUGGACGCCUUCUGUAUCAUAGACAAGGGUGUGCCGUGUGGUGACCCCCCGUCCUUUCCGAAUACCCGUCUUAGGGGACAAAUGGGAUUUGAGAUGGGCGAUGAGCUGCUGUACACGUGUGUGCCCGGCUAUGUGAUGCCCAGUGGGCACAACGCCUUCAGCCUGAUCUGUGACAGCUGCGGAGAGUGGUACGGACUGGUGCAGCUUUGUGUCAAAGGUGAGGCUGAAACACAUGUAGACUAUGAGGAUAAAUUCACAUACAGUAUGCCAGAGGACCACAGCAAAGAGGAGACACUACAGGAGGCUCAUGGUGAGGUGUAUGAGGAGGUGCAGGGAGCAGCAUACCUUCAGGAACAGAGGAGUCCCGAGCAGCAGGAGGCCAGCUUUAGUAUAGGAGAAGAAGAGGAGCAUCAUGACAAACAGCAUGAGGGGGAGGCAGGAGGAGGGGAACUCUCUGUGAAUCAAGAUGAUGAGGAGCAGUACAGUCAAAUGUCAGUAGAGGGGAAAGGAGGUGACAAAGAGCGAAGGGCUGGAGAGCAGGAGAUUUCUUGGACAGAAGCACCUGUCACUAUGCUUUCCCAGAAACACCUCUUCUGGUUUCCUUCUGAGGCCUUCCAGGAGGAAGGGCGUCCUGUUCCCACCCACCAAAUUGCAAAAGCCCUGCCCCCCGAGGGUGACAACCGGGUCAGAGCCUCAGGUGGCCAAUCAGAGGAGAGCAAAGAGAACAGCAGCCAAGAGGGUCAGGAUCAGCAUCCCUUUGACCUAGAUGGUCAUGUUAAUCAUGAUGACAGCCAUCACCACGACCAGGACGUCUAUAACGACAGUCAUCGUGAUGAUCGAGAUGACCACCAUGACUAUGAUGACAGCCUCCACGAAGAGCUGGAAGACCAAGACAACAGUCGCCAUCACGACCAAGAUCGAGACGACCCUGACGAUCAGGUGAAACAUUACAUCCCGGCUCAGCACGAUGUCCUGGACAAGCACGGGCGCUAUGACGACCAAGACAACCACGACGACCAUUAUGACAUGGGUGAACACGAAGACGAGCGUGAUCGUGUUCGCUAUGGCAACCGAAAGGAAUAUGGGGGCCAAGAUGAAAACUACGAUGAGGAUCACAGCCAUGAAAGGUACGAUGACCACUACAGUAUGUCUGAAGACCACCAUGAUGAAGAGAAAGAACGCGCCGAUGGCGCUGAAGAACAUCCAGACCACGAUGACCGCAUUGAUGAAGACAUUGGACAUUUUGAUGUGGGCAGAGAUGAAGACGAUGGUGACCAGCACCAUUACACUGAACAGGAUCACUAUGAAAACCAUGAGCACCAUGGACAUGAACAGGAUGAUCUCAAUAGCUACGAAGAUCAUGAUGGCCACGACGACCGUCACAAUCACUAUGAUGAUGAGGAUGACAGUCACCAGCACGUGGUCUUUCCCACAAUCACAGAGGAACCUCAGAACAUGACCAAGGAAGUGGCUGGAGGAGAUCGCACAGCCACUACAGAUGAGACCUGGUUGGAUGGCUAUCCUGUCGCACCGGAGGAGAUGGACAAAGGUGGCUCCACAGAAGAAGAGGUGGGACCUGAGGGGCGGGAAGAAGGGCUUUCUAUCACUGUGACAGACAGACCCAAUGAGGUGGAGGUGAGUCGGCCCAUCCCUAACACCAGCCUCCCACAGGCCUCUAAGCGCCCCACCGGGGAGCCUGAUUCACAACAAGAGGCAGCAGAGGAGGGUUGGCCAGGCCUCAUUCCCACCACCACCCCUUCUGCCAUCAGCCCCGAGCCCUCCUACUCCCCCUCACACCCUGAAUAUGAAACGCACCCUAUGGUUCCCACUCAUCCCUGGGGAGAAGAACUUUCAGUGAACCCAUUCUUGGAGCAUGGCCUCACCCCAGCAGUGCAUGAUGAUGACAUUAUCGCUGGAACCGGAGGGGUGAGGGAGGAGCACACCAGGCAUAAUCUGACUGGGCAGACUGGGGAAAGAGGCGAGGUGGAGGGGGAGAUGGGGGAGAUGGGGGAGGCGAUCUGCACAGGUGAGCACUGCCCUCCUCCUCCUCCUCCUCCUACCUCCUCCAGCCGUGGUCCCACGGUGGCAGCCAUCAUCGUGGCAGUGUGUGCGGUUGCCACCGCUGUCAUUGUAGGAGUGUGGUGUUACCGGCGGCAACAGCAGAAGAGCUCGAUGUAUGAGAUGAACGGGAAGGGCCAGAGUCAGAGCAGACAUGCCCAGCAAAUAGAGAUGCAGCAGAAGGUAUAAGACGUAGUGAGCGAGAGAGAGAGAGAGCGAGAGAAAGAGAGAGAGAUGAGGUGUGGGGGAGAGUGUAAG